CAAACACAUCAUCAUCAUCGUCUCCACAGAUCCAUAACCCAUAACUGCAAGAUAAAUUUCAAAGGAAACCAAUCUUUUUUUUUCUUCUUUCAUAGUAUCUAUGGCAGGUAGCCUUAGCUCCUUGCAUGGGGAGCAACUGCACGCUCAUCUUCCAACUGCUCGUCGAGUUUUGAAGAGAUGGACUUCAGCCACCAGCCUCCUUUUCUUCACCUUCCUCCUUUUCGGUGCCUUCGUUUACAUCAUUGACAACCUCUUUGCUAACUUUCUGAUUACCAAAAGGCUCGAAAAUUCAUUUUCGCUGAAUUACUCCGGUGAAAGAGAAACGACAACAUGCAAUUGCAAUCAUUACCCGACGGCACUUGAAACUUAUGAAUCUUCAGACGCUGCAUGUCCAGAGUACUUCCGGUGGAUCCACGACGAUCUCCGGCCGUGGAAGAGUACAGGUAUCACGAAGGACAUGGUGGAAAGAGCUAAAGAAUUUGCAAGUUUUAGACUAAUUAUUAUUAAGGGCAAGGCAUAUGUGGAAAGAUAUAAGAAAUCGUUUCAAACAAGAGAUUUGUUUACCAUAUGGGGUAUUUUGCAGCUUCUGAGAUUGUACCCUGGAAAGCUUCCUGAUCUAGAUGUUAUGUUUUGGUGCGGUGACAAGCCCAAGGUUCUAAAGCAUGACCACGCUACGUCGCCUCCUGCACUGUUUCAAUAUUGUGGACGUCAAGACUCGUUGGGCAUCAUCUUCCCUGAUUGGUCCUUUUGGGGUUGGGGUGAGCUCAGUAUAGAACCAUGGAAGAAUAUGUUAGCAAGACUAAUAGAAAGCAACAAGAAAAUAAAGUGGAAGAGUAGGGUGCCCUAUGCAUAUUGGAAAGGGAAUCCGGCUGUAUCAACAAAUAGGGAAGAGCUUAUGAUGUGCAAUGUUUCAGACAAGCAUGAAUGGAAUGCUCGCCUUUAUUCACAGAACUGGUUUAAAGAAAAAAUGCAAGGAUUUAAGGACUCGAAAUUAGAAGACCAAUGCACUCACAGAUACAAAAUUUAUGUAGAAGGAAGGGGAUGGUCAGUGAGUAACAAGUAUAUACUAUCAUGUGAUUCCAUGACCCUGCUUAUAAAACCUAGGUACUACGAUUUCUACAUGAGAAGCAUGGUGCCAAUGCAGCACUAUUGGCCCAUUAGCUCCAAAAACAAGUGCAGAGAUAUCAAGUUUGCUGUGGAAUGGGGCAACAGUCACCCUGAUAAGGCACAGGCCAUUGGAAAAGCAGGAAGCAGAUUUAUUCAGGAAAAUCUGAAAAUGGAAAACAUUUAUGCAUACAUGUAUCAUUCAUUGAGAGAGUAUGCAAACCUCUUGAAAUUUAAACCUGAAAUACCUGAAGGAAGGGCUGAGAUUUGCCCAGAACUAAUUGCAAGCCAAGAGGGUGGUUUAUGGAGAAAAUUUAUGUUGGGGUCAAUGGUAAAAUCUCCAAGCAAUACACUUCCAUGCACCAUGCCUUCUCCUUUGGAUCCCUCUGCCCUUAAAGCCCUUUUUGAGAGGAACGAAAAUAUCACAACACAAGUAACGAUGUGGGAGCAAGAAUACUGGGAAAAUCUACCUCCUGACCAUCAUUGAUCUUGAAGAUGUGCAGCAUAAAAUAAACUUAUUGUACAUGAGAAGUAAAAUUUAAACGUCGAAGACCAUGUAGAACAGAAGAAAUUAAUAAGAAGUUGAUUUACAAUGCAUAGAAUGUACAAAACAAAGUUUGAAGGGCUAGAUUUAAUAAUAACAACUCUUCAAACAUAUUCAAAUUGGACCAGCUACAAAUUAAAAUGGUCUAAGUUGUUUUAAUUUUGUUGGGCCUCGCACAUUUUCUUUGUCGCCCAAAGCAAGUUAGAGAGUUUGGACCUGUUUUAUUUGUCCGUUUGUGGACAUGGAUCUGGCCUCCAUCUCAAUUUGAUUGGUCUAAUUAAACAAACACAUCUUUUAAACGCCCACAUCAUCAAUGAACUCAUUAGAAUUCAACUGGUAUAGACCACGUGUAUUUAUUUUAGAAUUUUUCUCUUUUUGUUGAGAUAUUUUGGUUAUAUUAACAGUGUGUAAUAAUUAGUUAGAAGUUUUCUCUCUUGGACAACUAGCGAGAGAGAUUGCCCCUUCAGGUUUAUUUUUAUUCAAUCUUUAUGGAACUUUCCCAUAAAAAAGUAUUGCAUAGCAUCUUAGAUAAGAAACCUGUAACAAUAUGGUGCAUUAAUUUGCAGCUCCUGAGGUUGUACUUGUGAAUAUAUGUACCAGACUGAUCAUUGCUCAUGUGCAGGUGCAAUGAAAAACCUCAGUGCCAAAAUCCACUGAAUAUAUACAUGAAUUUCAUUUUCUUUUU